UCAUUCUGACUCAGCAUUCUGACGCAACUCCCCAAAACUAACUCUGCCUUUCCCCUAUAAGCAGGAUGCCUCAAACUGGACAUUCAUUUGACACCAGUGUCAAAAGACUAGCUUAGCUAGGAAGCCAUAGAAUGGCACAAGGUUUAGCUAGGAGCUAGGAGGAGCCAUGAGAAUGGCGAGAGGUUUUAGGUGCUAGGAAAGUUGAGGAGAGAAAAGAGGUUGGGAAUAGAAGAGAGAGGGAUACAAGGAGAGGUGUUGUACCUUCUAUCGUAAAGUUCAGUAAGCUACCAAGCC